UACUUAAUAUUUUUUAUUUUUAAUACAUGCUUAGAAAGAAGAGAAAGGCUUCGACAUGUUAUUACAGUAAUAUACAUAAUUAUUAAAAAUAAAUCUAUCAACUAUGAUCAUUUCAGGUGAUGAAAACAGCGUUUGCGUACUUAAAUAUACUCAGAACAGUAGCGACAUAAGACUAAACAUAAUUAUUCGCUAACAAAUUAAAUGUGAAUUUAUUUAACUAACUUAUAAAUAAUCAAUGUAGUGAUGUAACUGAUUUUUGUCGUAUUAAUGAUCACAUCUUCAUUCCUCAAUAAUGUCAUUAUGCAAUAUAUCCUAUUUCACGUUUUAUAUUAUUAAUAAUAACAUUACAUUUUAAUACGUGUAAAAGACAAGGCAUAACUUCUCAUAUAUGGAGCGUUAUAUCAAGAACAAAAAAAUAUUGCAUUUUCAUACAAUACAAUUAAGAAUAGAAUCAUUAGAGCUUGUUAAAUUAAAAAAACAAUAACUGCAAUUUGGCACUUGUCAAUCAAACCGUCCCACGAAUUUUAUUUAAAUAUCCUCAGCUUGUGUAUCACACGAUUUCAUGCAACAAGUUAGACUAGCUAUAGAUAUUGAUUACGUUCUGUCUCAGCCGAGGGAUGCAAUAAUUUGUUCUUUCUCCUCGCGUGGCUGCGCAGGCGCUGUUACUACUGUUUCGUUUAGAAACACAACUGCGGUCGUAGUAGCAAUCAGUACCUUGUGCGCUUUUCGCGAAUCAAGUAUGAAGCGUGUUUCUAGCGACAUCAGCGUAGAAAUUUAUAGACGAGACAACGAUUACAGUCUGCAGUUAAAUCGUUGGUUCCUGAGACCGAUAGGCGCCUGGCCGGAAUUACAGACAAACUCGAUAACCAAAAAUGUCCUGAUGAACAUCCUGCGAUUAACGUGUCAUUUUUUAAUAGCUUUCACUUGGCUACCCUCUAUACUAUACAUAAUCUUCGAGGAAAAAGACUUCCGUUUGAGACUCAAGGCUGUAGGACCGACGAGUCAUCUCAUCAUGGGCGGUAUCAAUUACUGCUCGCUCUUGCAUAAUAACGAGCAGAUACGUAAAUCUAUCGAGCAUAUGGAGACCGAUUGGCGAAUGGCGAAAAGAGAACACGAUCGGGAAGUGAUGCUGAGAAAUGCGAGAGUGGGACGCGUUAUAGCGGGCGUUUGCGCCCUCAUCAUGCAGGGUGGUGUUAUCUGUUAUAAUAUCGCUAGAGGGAUGUCGCGGAUAAGCGUGGUAAUCGGCAACGAGACGAUCGAGACCGGUCGUUUACCAUGUCCAUCUUUCAACAAAAUCGUAGACACCAGGCUUAGUCCGGUAUACGAAGUCGUGCUCGCAUUACAAUGUCUCUCGACUAUCAUAGUGAAUAACAUCACGAUCGGUGCGUGCGGUCUUGCCGCCGUUUUCGCGAUGCACGCUUCCGGCCAACUUAACGUAGUGAUGUUACGUAUCCAGGAACUCGUCACGGAGAAACACGAAGUCCUACAGUUGAGACUGGCGAACAUCGUGGAGCAUCAUCUACGAGCAUUGAGGUUUCUUUCGCGUAUGGAGGCAAUUAUGCGUCAGAUAUGUUUUGUGGAAUUAGUCGGAUGUACAUUUAAUUUAUGCAUGCUAGGAUAUUACACCAUUACGGAAUGGCAGGAAGAGAGUUUGAACACUAUAAUAACAUAUGUCAUGAUACUAACAUCGAUGAUGUUCAAUAUCUUCAUAUUUUGCUUCAUUGGUGAACUUGUGACAGAUCAGUGUAAAAAAGUCGGUGAAGCAGCUUAUAUGACAGAUUGGUAUCAAUUACCACAUAAAACUGUUCUUGGUCUUAUUUUAAUAAUUUUGCGAUCAAGAACUGUUAUCAAAAUCACAGCUGGAAAAAUAUUUCAUAUGUCUAUCCCAACUUUCGGUGUUGUAAUUAAAACAUCUGUCGCAUACUUAAAUAUGCUUCGCACUUUAACUGUGUAAAAAAUGUAUAAUAAAAUA